AUGGGCGUCAAUUUGGGCCUGGGCGCUUAUGUGGGCCCGGGCAGUUCCUCCGUAUCGUCCUAUUCAACUCUGAACCGUUCCUCUCUGCCUGCGUCCACAUCAUCAUCAUCAUCAUCAUCAUCAUCAUCAUCAUCAUUAUUAUCGAAGACCAACAGUAGCAGCAACGGCAAGCCUCGACUGCAGCCGCGUGCUCAGCUGGUCGAGCGACAUCGUCAGCACCGCAAAGCAGGGUCGGUAGUGUCCAGUAGCAGCAUUGCUGCUGCUACGGCUGCUGGACCGGCAUCACCGUCGUCAGUUUCUCAGCACACUGGUGGCAGCAGUCGGCAAGACUCCAAGGCUGUGUCGUCACGACAAGAGGACGACAAUGAUGUCACGGAGAGCGAAAACCCGGAGUUUGACGACGGUGGCGGCGAGGAUCUGAACAAUGUCGAUUUGGAAGAGGAAAACGAGGAUGAGUGGGCAGCUGCGGAUGAGGAUAUAUCCGACUCUGAGAGCAAGGCCGGCCGUAAGACUGCGUCAAAGAUAGCCACCACACCAAAGUCGAAAACCGCCGGCAAGGGUUAUGGUGGCAUGGCCACAGCAAAUCCCUUCCAAUUGUCCGGUAGUAGUUCACUAGCAUCACCGACAACACCAUCAGAUCGUGGCGGCAGCUACCUGGAUAAGCUCAGUUCUACAACACCGGUAUCAUCUCGUAAGAGGAAAGCAGAGAAGAGUCCUGUGCCGACAAGCAGCUCCGUCAAGCCGCUAAAGGAAAAGAACGGUACGAAGGGCACAGGCAGUGGCAGUGGCAACAGCAGCACUGCUGGUACAGCCAAACAAAAGCGCGUCCAGGCAUCUCUUCUCUCCUCCAUCUCUGGCAAACCGUCAGCUGGUACGACUACCUCAGUGGCACCUGUCCACUCAACGGGUACUACCGAGAUGGUGAUGGCGGCCAAGGGCAAGAAAGGACGGCCGAAAAAGUGCGUGAAGAAAGGCGAGGAGGCAGCGUUCACCGUGUGGUUCUCUGGCCAGGAAGAUGGCUUGAAAGACGAGUUUCCUCAUAUGUCAGCGAGUGCUCUUCGUGAAGAAGCAGAACGACGCUGGGGUGCUUUGCCCGCUGAUGACAAAGAGAACCUGACAGCAGAAGCGAAGGCGGCUGCUAAGGCCAAGGCUGGUGCUGUGUUUGGCCGCAAGGCUCCCAGGACAUCCACAGCGAAUGGUGACCCAGGUCCUGCUGCUGCUGCAGUGUUAUCGUCGUCGCCAUCACCCCUGGUGACCGACAGUCUGGAAGACAACAUUGUAGAGAAUAGCCUGGACGCUACGCCGCUUCUAGACUCGGUGACCGCUGCUAAUGCCAACGGUGACAACGUCUCCGCCGUCACCUCCAUCGGCCUCCUUGAUGACCGUACUUGUCUGUCACCGCCGGUCAAGCGGUCACGUGGUGCACGCUUCAUAGACAGCGAUGAUGACGAGCAUGAUGAUGCAGUGGAGAAUGGCAGUAGUGCUGCUGCUGCCACAGAACAAGCUGCUCCGGCCGCCAAGCGAGCAAAGCUGCCGGAAGCGAGCACGGCCAACAUUGUAGCGCAGUCCACAAAGGCGUCUGCGCAGAAGCUUGCAAACUUCGCGUUCGCCAAGUAAUCCACGCCAGGAAUGUGCCCCACCGGCACUUUAUUAUCAUAACUAUUAAUUUGUAUUUGUAUCUCAGGCAUUGCAGGCAGGCCUCCUAGAAUUCCACCCCCGUUUGCCUAGCCGCCCGUAGUGUAGCUUAGGCACAUGAUAUCUACUGCGUAGUGGGUAGCGACGUUUGUGAAUGUCGUGUUUGCGUGCAGCUUCACCCACUGCAUUAUCUAUAGCUUUGGUGGAUUCGUUUUGGUCUUCGGCUUUUUCACGCGAAAAAAAUCGGGUGACCGUUUCCAUGCCAACCGGUACUGUUACUUCGAAGUACUCAUCUGUAGACAGAUGAAAAUGAGAACAGUCUAGGCCACAAGGCUGCCCCCCCCCCUCCCCUCCCCGCCCAGUUCUUCCGUGACCACCAGUACUGUAUGUGUUGAUAACAAAAAUCUACUUCAAGUAAUUUUUACUCUCCUCUCUCUGCGUUCAACUUUCCUCUCUCGAAAUUUGUUUACACUUCUCCCCGCUCGUCUUCAAGUUUUGUAGUCCAUUAUUAUUAUUAUUUUUUAUCUUUUUACAAUUUCUUUGCUACAUUAAUACAUAUUAUUAGCGCUGUGUUUUUCCUGUAUACCACUGGCAAUUGCGUUGUCUGCUUGUUUUCUUGCUUUUACUCAUCAGUUGUAUUGGCCUUUGUUCCGUUUUUUGUUGUCUGCAGUUGCUUCAUCUGCCGACAGAUGAACACUUUGUUAGCUUUUUAAAUCAUGCUUACAGGUAUUCCCGCAACGGUCAGUCCCCGCAGAGGUUCUAGUCGGUCUUCAAGAUUGCAUUGCACGCGUAUCUUCUUGGGAGAAACGCACAUUCUCAAACAACUAACUUUA